UGGGCCUGUAUUAGUGGGUAGGGGGCUAGUGAUGUGCUGAGGCUGGAAGCCACGCAAUGGCAGCCAGCAGAGGCCGUAGCCCAUGGGAUAAUGGUUUGCAGGAGAAGCAGCCACCUCCCUUUUGUCCUCCCUGCUUAGGAUGGGAAUCCAUGGCCUGGCCAAGCUUAUUGCCGACGUGGCUCCUGGCGCCAUCCGGGAGAAUGACAUCAAGUCUUACUUUGGCCGGAAGGUGGCUAUAGAUGCCUCCAUGAGCAUCUACCAGUUCCUCAUCGCCGUGCGGCAGGGAGCUGAGGUCCUGCAGAACGAGGAGGGCGAGACCACCAGCCACCUGAUGGGCAUGUUCUACCGGACCAUCCGCAUGGUAGAGAACGGCAUCAAGCCCGUUUACGUCUUCGAUGGCAAACCCCCCCAGCUGAAAUCGGGAGAGCUCUCGAAACGAACCGAGCGCCGGGCUGAGGCUGAGAAACACCUGCAGGAGGCUCAGGAAGCCGGAGAGGAGGAGAACAUUGAGAAGUACAGCAAGAGGCUGGUCAAGGUGACCCAGCAGCACAACGAUGAGUGCAAGAAGUUACUAACCCUGAUGGGCAUCCCCUACGUGGAGGCGCCGGGGGAGGCUGAAGCCAGCUGUGCUACCUUGGUGAAGGCUGGGAAGGUCUACGCAGCAGCCACAGAAGAUAUGGAUUGCCUGACCUUCGGCAGUCCUGUGCUGAUGAGGCAUCUUACUGCCAGCGAGACAAAGAAGCUCCCCAUCCAGGAGUUUCACCUGAACCGGAUCCUGCAGGAUCUAGACCUGACUUGGGAACAGUUUGUGGAUCUGUGUAUCCUCCUGGGCUGUGACUACUGCGAGAGCAUCCGUGGCAUCGGGCCCAAGCGAGCCAUCGAGCUCAUCAAGGAGCACAAAAGCAUCGAGAAGAUCGUCCAGCAGAUCGACACCAAGAAAUACCCUCUGCCCGAGAACUGGUUGCACAAAGAGGCCCAGAAGCUCUUUCUGGAGCCCGACGUGGUCGACCCCGACGCCGUUGAGCUGAAGUGGACCGAGCCCAACGAAGAGCAGCUCGUCCAGUUCAUGUGUGGGGAGAAGCAGUUCAACGAAGAGCGGAUCCGCAACGGGGUGAAGAGGUUGAGCAAGAGCAGGCAGGGCAGCACCCAGGGCCGCCUGGAUGACUUCUUCAAGGUGACGGGCUCCAUCACCUCCGCCAAGCGCAAAGAGCCAGAGACCAAGGGCUCAGCCAAGAAGAAAGCCAAAACCAACAACAACGCCGCCGCCGCAAAGACCAAGAAGGGUAAAUAACCAGACUGUCUGACCACAAAAAGAAAACCACCACAAAACCCUGGGAUUUUGGUUUUUUUUUCUGCUCAAACAGGAGUUUUAGGCUAAUAAAAAAGGCUCGUCUUUUCUGUCCUGCGUGUUAGUGCUAGGAAGGAUGUUGCUAAAGUGCUUCCCAAGGAUGUAGCUUAGGGAAUUGGAGAAGUGUCUUCCCUCACAGCGGCGCUAACGUAGGAGGCUGGGAGAGAGGAAAAAGCCACAGCCUGAGGGGGUUUAAAUUGGGGGGGAACCAGGGAAUUGCAUUAAACGGCGGCGUUUAACGGUUUGAGAUGUGAUGAGGAGCGGAGGCGAUACCCAGAGUGCGGAGUUAAAGGGAGGUGCUGAUCACAAACACUCCCCCUGCUUUAAGAAAUAAUAAAAUGGAAAAUUUAGAGAGUAAACUUGGGUAUAAAUAAGAGGUUUCUGCCUCCACCAUCCCUCCACAGAGAGGUAGGUGCCAGGAAGGCGAGCUGGAUUUGGGAGGGAGACCUGAAAUACCGGGCUGAACUUCUCCCUUUAGUGAGGAUCGGGUGUAGGUGCUUCCUCCCCUUAUUGUCAUCACUUUUCUUUAUUUAAAAAAAAAAAAUUAAAUGAUGGAAUAUCCCCAUUCCAGCAAAGUUCUGGCCCCCUCUUAGUGCUCAAGCUGAGCUGCGACUGCAGCUCUCCCAGCCUAGAUUUUGCUGUUUGGUUCUGCUUUAUGUUUUAAAAGGAAAAAUUUUAAUUAACCUAACACGGAAGCCUCUUCACUCCCCAAUUUCCUGAGGUGUCCUUCCACUCGUACACGUACAGAAAGGUCCCAGACUCAGAAGGAAAAAAGAUAGUGCCUCUUUUUUUUUUCCUUAUUUUAUUUUAUUCUGUGUUUUGCGUAGUCUUUUUGUCUUGUUGAAGCGAUGUCCCGGGGUUGAUUUUUCCAAAUAAAAUUUAUCCACAAAC